CGGCGCGUGAGGCCGGGGUCGGCCCGUAGCGCGGGGCCGGAAGCGGCGGCGCGUGAGCCCGGAAGCGGCGGCGCGCCGGCAGCUGGGAUCUUGGUUGCGGCCGCCGCAGCGGUGUGGCCCCGGCUCCCGCGGCUGCCGCCAUGUCGUCGGUGAGCCCCAUCCAGAUCCCCAGCCGCCUCCCGCUGCUGCUCACUCACGAGGGCGUGCUGCUGCCCGGCUCCACCAUGCGCACCAGCGUGGACUCGGCCCGCAACCUGCAGCUGGUGCGGAGCCGCCUGCUCCAGGGCACGUCGCUGCAGAGCACCAUCCUGGGCGUCAUCCCCAACACGCCCGACCCGGCCAGCGACGCGCAGGACCUGCCGCCGCUGCACAGGAUUGGGACGGCUGCCCUGGCAGUUCAGGUUGUGGGCAGUAACUGGCCUAAGCCCCACUAUACUCUGCUGAUUACAGGCCUGUGCCGGUUCCAGAUUGUACAGGUCUUAAAAGAGAAGCCGUAUCCUGUCGCUGAAGUGGAGCAGUUGGACCGGCUUGAAGAAUUUCCCAACACCUGUAAGACUAGGGAGGAGCUGGGAGAACUCUCAGAGCAGUUUUACAAAUAUGCAGUACAAUUGGUGGAGAUGUUGGAUAUGUCUGUCCCUGCAGUUGCUAAGUUGAGGCGUCUUUUAGAUAGUCUUCCACGGGAAGCUCUGCCGGACAUUCUGACGUCAAUCAUCCGAACCAGCAACAAAGAGAAGCUGCAGAUUUUAGAUGCUGUGAGUCUGGAGGAGCGCUUCAAGAUGACCAUACCACUGCUUGUCAGACAAAUUGAAGGCCUGAAAUUGCUUCAGAAAACCAGAAAACACAAGCAAGAUGAUGAUAAGAGGGUUAUAGCAAUACGCCCUGUUCGGAGGAUUACACACAUUCCAGGUACUUUAGAAGAUGAGGAUGAGGAUGAAGAUAAUGAUGACAUUGUCAUGCUAGAGAAAAAAAUACGAACAUCCAGUAUGCCAGAGCAGGCCCAUAAAGUCUGUGUCAAAGAGAUAAAAAGACUCAAAAAAAUGCCUCAAUCAAUGCCAGAAUAUGCUCUGACUAGAAAUUAUUUAGAACUUAUGGUGGAACUUCCUUGGAACAAAAGUACAACUGACCGUCUGGACAUUCGAGCAGCCCGGAUUCUUCUGGAUAAUGACCAUUAUGCCAUGGAAAAAUUGAAGAAACGAGUGCUGGAAUACUUGGCUGUCAGACAGCUGAAAAACACCCUGAAGGGCCCCAUUCUUUGCUUUGUUGGCCCUCCUGGAGUCGGUAAGACAAGCGUGGGAAGAUCGGUGGCUAAGACUCUGGGUCGAGAGUUCCACAGGAUUGCACUUGGAGGAGUGUGCGAUCAGUCUGACAUCCGAGGACACAGGCGCACCUAUGUUGGCAGUAUGCCUGGUCGUAUAAUCAAUGGUUUGAAGACUGUCGGGGUUAACAAUCCGGUGUUCCUAUUAGAUGAGGUUGACAAACUAGGAAAAAGUCUACAGGGUGAUCCUGCAGCAGCUCUGCUUGAGGUGUUGGAUCCCGAACAAAACCAUAACUUCACAGAUCAUUAUCUAAAUGUGGCCUUUGACCUUUCCCAAGUUCUUUUUAUAGCUACUGCCAACACCACUGCCACUAUUCCACCUGCCUUGUUGGACAGAAUGGAGAUUAUUCAGGUGCCAGGGUACACACAAGAGGAGAAGAUAGAGAUCGCCCAUAGGCACUUGAUCCCAAAGCAGCUGGAGCAACACGGGCUGACUCCUCAACAGAUUCAGAUCCCUCAGCUAACCACUCUUGACAUCAUCACCAGGUAUACCAGAGAGGCAGGGGUUCGCUCUCUGGAUAGGAAGUUUGGGGCCAUUUGCCGAGCUGUUGCUGUGAAGGUGGCAGAAGGACAACAUAAAGAAGCCAAGUUGGAGCGUUCUGAUGUGACUGAGGGAGAAGGUUGCAAAGAACACAUCCUGGAAGAUGUGAAACCUGGAUCUAUCAGUGACACCACUGAUUUGGCCCUACCACCUGAAAUGCCAAUUUUGAUUGAUUUCCAUGCUUUGAAAGACAUCCUUGGGCCCCCGAUGUAUGAAAUGGAGGUGUCUGAGCGUCUCAGUCAGCCAGGAGUGGCAAUAGGUUUGGCUUGGACUCCCUUAGGUGGGGAAAUCAUGUUCGUGGAGGCAAGUCGAAUGGAUGGUGAAGGUCAGUUAACUCUGACUGGCCAGCUUGGGGACGUCAUGAAGGAGUCUGCCCAUCUCGCCAUCAGCUGGCUCCGCAGCAAUGCCAAGAAGUACCAUCUAACUAAUGCUUCUGGAAGUUUUGAUCUUCUUGACAACACAGACAUCCAUCUGCACUUUCCAGCUGGAGCUGUCACAAAAGAUGGACCAUCUGCUGGAGUUACCAUAGUAACCUGUCUCGCCUCCCUUUUCAGUGGGCGGCUGGUCCGUUCAGAUGUAGCCAUGACUGGAGAAAUUACACUGAGAGGUCUUGUUCUUCCAGUGGGCGGAAUCAAAGACAAGGUGCUGGCAGCGCACAGAGCAGGACUGAAGCGGGUCAUCCUUCCUCAGAGGAACGAAAAAGACCUGGAAGAAAUCCCAGGCAACGUGCGACAGGAUUUAAGUUUUGUCACAGCAAGCUGCCUGGAUGAAGUUCUUAAUGCAGCUUUUGAUGGUGGCUUUACUGUCAAGGCCAGACCUGGUCUCUUAAAUAGCAAACUGUAGGUCCAAAUCUCAACUUUGCUGAAUUUUAAAUUAGGAAGUGCCAAAAGGUACUGACAGGGUUGAUUUUAUUCAUACUGGGAAGGGUAAGCAAAUUGUCCCUAAUUUGGGAAUAUAAUCACAACAGUAACAAACCUGAGUCAUUACAGAAAUGUUAAUUCAAUAAACUGAUAGAAAUUGAGUUCUUGUCCAAGUGGGAUCAUCACUGUCCCUGGAAAGGUAUAUAGCAGUGGCUCUCAUUGUGGUCCCCAGAAGCAGCUGUGUUACCUGAGAACUUGCUAGAAACAUAAAUCUCAAGACCUGACAGCAGACUUUCUGAAUCAAACUUUGUGGAUGGGGCCCAGAAAUCUGCUUUAAUAAGCCCUUCAGGUGAUUCUGAUGCGUAGUCAAGGUCAAGAACCAUUGGUAUAGACCUUAUCUUAGCAGCUGCACCUGCAGACUUUACUGGAUCCUGAAAACAAUCAUUAGACGGGGAACUGGGCAAAGAUGAAAUAGUUAACGAUUAGUCUUUGUGGAAAAUAAAGUAUUCGAGUGAACUCGAUGAUGAGGUCUCCACAUCCCAAUACUUAUGCUGAGGGAAGGUAGCACUCAGAACAGCAUUUAUAUUGGGCAGAAUGGCAUGUGUUAGCACACAUCACAGAAACAGACUGGCUGUGAAUGCCUGUCAUCUUAGAAAAAAAGUCCAGCCCCCAGAGGGAGGCAGCCAUCCAUCCUGGGAUGAUCCCACACUUGAUAUACUGACUCCUGCCACCUUCCCUUCUAUUCUUUGUUGCCUGUGCCAGUUCCCAGAUCUGGUAAACUUUUCCGUGCCUGUCUUCUCCUGUGACUCAAUCCACGGUCUGGAUAACUAGGAUGUAAGGCUUUUCUUUCCUUACCUGUAAAAUGCAAAUAACAGUACCUAAGUCAGUGUUACUGUGAAGAAGUUAGAUUGCAGUGUAAAAUAACAUUGAGCAAUUUCUAAUUAUCAUUCCAGCCAGUAAUGGACUUCAGAAUCUUCUAUUACAAAAUGUAACAACAAAUAUAUAAAAAUACUUUGGAAAUUCUUGGAUGAGAAUUGGGUCUGUGAGUUAGCCACAUACUGUGCUCAGACCUGCUAGUAAAAUCUGAAAGUGUUUGGGAAGACAAGUCCAGAUCCGGGGCUUAUGGCUGGUGGGAGCGUGCACACACCAGGAAUUACGAGAACAUUUCACUGACCAUCUUACCACUAUUGUAAUUUUGUCAUUUUUGUUCAGUCAUCUUACAUGGAAAGAAAAGAAAGAAACUAUGAUGUUAUUUCGUUUAAAGCAACCAGAGGGAGCUAAUCCACAUCCAAGCUGCUCUGCCUUGUGCCAUCUAGCAGUGGCAACAGGCAUGCUUUAAAAAGUGGGAAGUUAUCUGUAUUCUUCAGGAGUCCUGAACAUGCACUUUGUACUUGUCUGUCAGCAGCAGCAGGGCAUCUCCUGUGCCCUCUGGCUUUAUUAAGCAUGCCUUUCCUUUCCAGAGGAGCUGAGAAAACCCUGAUGUGUAUGACAUUUAACAGUAUGACCUUUCUCUAGCAUGGUUUUUGGUUUUUUAAUUCUAAGCUUUUAUUCACUUGUUUUUUACUGGCAUGGCAAAAUAAAUUUUAUCAUUACUUACAUGCACAGUGCUGUGCGACCAUCACCACCAUCUAUAUCCAAAACUUCCUCAUCUUAAACAAACUCUGUGCCCAUUCAACAGUAAGUCCCCGUUCCUCUAUUCCCCCACACCCCGGUAACCACCAUUUUACUUUGUUUCUAUGAAUUUGCUUAUUCUGAGUACCUUGUGUAAGUAGACUCAUGUAAUAUUUGUCCUUUUGUGUCUGGCCUAUUUCACUUAGCACGUUGUCAGGGUUCAUCCAUGUUGUAGCAUGUAUCAGUUUCAUUUCUUUCUGACUAAUAUUCCACUGUGUGCACAGGUCACAUGUUAUCCGUUCAUCUGUUGAUGGACAUUUGGGUUGUUCCCACCUCUUGGCUCUUGUGAAUCGUCCUGCCAUGAACAUGGCUGUACAGCUCUCUCUCUGCAAGUCCCAAGCUCUAGUUCUUCUGGGUGUAGACCCAGAGUGGAACUGCCAGAUCACAUACAUGAUUCUACGCUUAACUUUUUGAGGAAGCACCAAACUCUUUUCCACCGUGGCUGCACCAUUAGACAUUCCCAGCAAUAUACAAAGGUUUCAAUUUCUCCACAUCCUUGCCAGCACUUUUCCUUUUUUCAUAGCCAUCCUAAUGGGUGCGAAGUAGCACUGCCUGGUUUUGAUUUACAUUUCCCUACUAGUGAUGUGGACUUUUUGUAGCACUCUUUUUAGUGUUACCCAGAGAUCCCUUCUAUCGCAAUCAGCUGGGUUUUUUAAUUGAAAAUGCUGAUGAACUCAGAAAUUCCAAUUCGGUACACCUGCAAGUCAGUCUUCGGAUCUGUGUAUUUAACCAGUACUCCAUGUGCUUUUUAUGUGCAGGCUUUUUAACGCUCUUCCAGUAUUAAAACUAAAAACUUUCAGUGCCUUGGUAAUCAAGAAAUCUAUACUGUCUGCUGGAGGCACACAUUUGCCACGUGUCCCUUCUGUUUGAACCUUACUGCAAACCAUGACAGAGGCAGAGUUCUUUAGUGUUUUUGACUACCUAUUUGCAAAUAGAGUGAAAAACACCAUGUAAGUGGUUGAUCCUAAAAUAUUUAAUAUCAGUCUAUAAAUUUAUGACCAUAGUUAAGGUCUCCUGAUCAUGAGAGUGGUAUUUAAAGGAUACUAAACGUACCUGAAUUUUUUUUUAAAUAAGAGGCAGCAAUAAGUGUAUGUCCUAAGUGAAACACAAAGAUUUCCUUCUUUCCUUUUCUUCCCUUGACAUCAGUCAAGAUUUGCAUUCUGUCCUAGCACAGAUUCUCUUCCUAAGAGUGGGGAUGCAAAUGGGUGCCACCUCUGAUUGGUAGAGGCUGCCUGCCAUCCAGAAGAUGCUGCUUCUCCUCUUCUGGAGGUGGCGACUAGUGAUGUCCACCACCAGGAACUCCUGUAAUAGGUGACGGGUCCACAUUUAAGCCUUACCAAAGUCAGCCAUGACGUGAGGUAAUCAACUGCUGAGGGGAGAGUGGGCUGACUUCGUGUUUUCCUAUUUUAGGAACCACUGAAAUGAUAAACCUUCCACAAUGUUAAGUUUGUCACUUCUCUUUCCAGAUCUAAAGUUUAUUUCAGCUGGGAUUAUUAGAUGUAAACAUCAAGUUUGUUGUUUUUUUUUUUUGAUUAAGUAACAUGUUCAAGCUCACAUUAUUUUGGCAAAAAUGAAUUGUGUUUGAGCACCCAGCCUCAUGAAAAUUUUAUCCAGCAGCUUAAAAAAAAAUCCAGACUAUAGAAGUAUAGUCAUUAUCCAGUUUCAUGGUUUAUGAGCCGGUGCUAUGCUCUUUUGUUUCACUAACAUUUAGUGGAUGCUACAGUGAAAAUCGCACUAACUAAAAAAUUAAAAGAAAAACGCUACAACAGAAAGGAAAUGGUAAAAGGAUCUGAAUAGACACAUAGGUAAUCCUGUGAGUGACCACUGAAAUGUUCUAAAACAGCUUUAUCAAAAGUUUUUGUUUUUUUUAAUUCUAGGAAAAGCUGUAUUUGCUAUGAAAAUUCACUUAUUUAGAACAUAUUACGUAUGGUUUGUACUUACCAGUGAUGUAAAGAAUGUGUUUAACAGUUUUGGACCUAAGAGAAAAUCUUUCCUAUUAAAAAGUUUUAAGUAAGUUCA